AUGAGUAGGGCUAGUAAAAUUACUUUUGCCCUGUCGUGUGUCUUUACGGCCAGUACGGUGGUUGGAGUUCAUAUCGUGCAGGGAUUAGAGCGUGAUACUUUGCAUCAGGGACCUAUUAAGGAUGCGCAACGAGUAGCAGCAAGGAAGCAGCAGAGGUUAGCUGCUGAGGCAGAUCCCGAGAAGGAACGUCAAAAACUCGUUAAUAGAAGUGAACAUGAGUUGCAGCAGGAACUGCGGAAAAAAUACGAGGCUGUUCAGCCGCUAUCUGGGAAAGUUGUCACGAAGGAUGGCGAAGCUAUAGACGAUGUGUAA